AUGGAUCCUCCUGGCGACCCCAAAUCACAAAGCGCCAACGCUGGCCCAGGGAAUGGUACAAUUCAAGUCAAACAGCUUUUGGACGUGGUGCUGGAUCAAUCCCCCACGGAGUCAGUCACCAACAAGGCUAUUGUGAGGAACGGUAUCAAGAACUUCCCAGCGGAUCAGAGAGACCAGUUAUACGCAGGUAUCGAGAAGCAAAAGCCCAAGUUCAAGGCCCUUAUUCGCGUAAAUAAGGCAAGAAACUUCAAUUCUACUCGGACUGCGAAGCGAGACAGGUAUAUCGAGUACCUUGACGAACAAUGGGAGGGUCGGCGCAACUGGUCUCGACCCGAUCUCUUACGUGUCCCCUUGGGUGACAAGCCCAGCGACAACACGAUCCGACCGCUGAAGACCCUGACGGAUCUGGCGUUGCAGCAUGAUAUUCCACUACAAACGCUCUGGCAGCGAGGCGGUGCUCUUUUCGAUACCAUCUGUAUUGGGAAAAGUAUCCUGAGCAAGGAAGCCGCUGCCGCUGCCCUAGAUCUCUUUCGGAAGCGAAUGGCCGCUUUGCCUGGUGAUGUCUCCGCGCCAGCAUCGACUGUACCUUUGCCUUACAAUCUCGGUCCGCCUUUCGCUGACGCGCCUGAACCCUAUUCUACACCCCAUCGUGAAAACGGCUCACCAGUUCCAUCAUUAGAGCCUGAACAGAGUCGAAAUCAAAAGGCUGAGACAGAUACCACCGGAACUCCGCCCCCGCGUCGCAAUAUCAGGUAUCACUCUCCUUCGUCCCCAAGUCCAUUGGAGCUUGAAGAUACUGUUGAUGCCGUGCGUACGCCACUAGCCAACUCACCAGUGAUAGACCUUACCGUCGACCCCACUUCGCCUGAAGACAAAGACCAAGACGCCGAAACGCUUUCGAAACACAAUAAGGCGGUCUGGGAUGCGACCAGAGCGCAGCUACGAGAUUUAAAGGCUUCUCUGACGGAUGAAGUACUGGCCUUUUGUCUCAAGGUCGUCCGCCAAACAAGCGAUGCGCCCGAGGCUACUGUUAUGGAUCCGUUAUGGUUGAAUCUCGACGACGAUCACAUCCCCGUGGAUCUGCAUAGGGUUUGGGAGUCCACCUCUACUGUUUAUGUACCACUACAUCAUGUAGAGGGAAAGACUAAUCACUGGUCCCUUCUCGAACUCUCACCCCACAAGAAGGCGAGGGACAUUUGUCAUUAUGACUCAAUGCACAGCUAUGACCGAGACAUUCGUAUCAAGACGUCGCUGGCGAGGAAACUUGGUGAGAGUCUUCCCUUCGUAUUCAGUCCCUAUGAUGUUCCGCAACAGUCAGAUGGGGCUUGCUGUGGCGUGUAUGUGGCCAUAUUUCUCAACUACCUGCUGAAUGAUUCACCAAUGCCUUAUUCCUUCUCUGAGAGAAAUAUCCGAUCCAACUUUCUAGAGAGGCUAGAAAAAGCUGGAAUUGACCCAUGCUCGCCUCGUUCUAACAGGUACAAUCGAAAUAAGUCGAUCGUCCACCCCUCACCGGACGUGCCCUUGACACUGGAAGGCAGCUUCGGGACCCCAUCGCCAAAGUCUUCCGCAGCUUCUUCAUCUGCUUCGACCGACAAACUGGCCGAUGUCGAUUUCAAGCAACCUAAGUUUACUCGGGUUGCAAAGAAUUUGAACAAGUCUGAUUCUAUUGCUUCUGGAUUCAAGAGUCCCUCUAACACUGAUUUCUACCAACGCGUUUGGGAAGACACUGGGAGCCCCAGUUCCUGCCAGACUACUCCGAAACAGAAUACUCACGUCAAUGAUACCCUCUCACAGCCUAAUACAACUGAUGAUUCAUUAACCUCGACGCUGCUCUUUGCACAGAUGGACAGAUGGAGCCGCUCGAAUGGUGGUAUUGACUUGAGUACAGCCAUCGAAGAAACCGAACAGUUGCUACAUGAACGUCAAACCCAAGCUGACAAAGCAGUGAAGUGGCGCCGACUAUUUGAGACUCUAGGUCCUGUAUCCGAAACCCUCCAGCGAGCAAACCAAGUGACAGAGCAGAUCGGCCUUAUUCCUUUCGGCGAAGAAGGAUCAAUCUGUUUAAGUAAGGUCGAGGAAGAUGCCUGGAUGCUACAGCUGGAAGCGAUGUCCAACUUGGCCAAGGUACAGACGCAGAGAUUCGCCGUUGAUACGACCGAAUCCGACAACAUUCAAAAUGAAAUCACUUCUGUUGAGGUUAAGCUAAGAACCAUGAAGGAGCAGAACAAGAAGGCAAAGGCUGCAAGAUUGAUGCAAGAGGCAUGGAAGGUCAUGCAUGAGCCCGAGCCUUGA